GCGACUACAAUUACGUCCGUUCUGAGAGUGAGCGACGAGCGACGUCAACUAAUGUGUUCUAUCUUCUAAUUCUAGCCGAAAAACAUGCGGUUCUAUACCAAGUAGGGGAGAGAGUUUAGCGUUGUGUAAGUAAGAGAGAUAUGUAUCAGUCACUUCUUUGAAUUUGCUGUUUGUGUAGGGUUGUAUGUUUUUUGGACAGAAUUAGAAAAGAGCCGAUCGUCGGCGUCGCUUACUCUUACGAAGAUCCAAACCGUCACUAAAAAGCACGGAUAUAUUGCGCCAACAGUGUACCGAUCAUUUCUAAUUUAUUGAAAGAAUCAUUAACUGCUUCUGUUUGGUUCAUACCACUCUAUUAAUGGAAACAGCAUCUCUUCAUACUUUUUCAAAAGCAAUUGCAUUCGAUGAUUUGGUCACUGAUAUUGACAGUUGAAGACAGUUUUGUAUGAAAAUAAUAGUCAAAUUUGCUAGUACGAUAUCUUGUUUUCAAUUCUUUCAUUGUAUGAACACGGAGAAGAGGAGUACGAUAGAGAUUCAGAAUUGUAUGUACAUAUAUAGGUAUGCUCUUUGUAUAUAGAAAUUCGUGGUUGUGUAAAGAUUUUCGCGUAGCUGUGUAGUGGCAAGGAGAGGUCCUUAGCCCCCUUCGCUAGACAGACGCAGGUAAUGAGUUUUUACACCAUAACUGCGGCAACACCGAUAACCAGUGCAAUAAUAUCGUCUACGAUAACGACUACAACGGCAGCGAUAACAGUAACAGCGACGACGACGGCUACGCCAACAACAACAACGGCGCCGGCGGUUGCCGUGUCGCCCGAAGCUGCACCUGGUUGGAUAGAAUUUUGUGAGAGACACGCCCGCGCUUCGGCAUCCGAUUUUGCCAAAGCGUUUUGUACCUAUGUCAGUUUAAAUCUACCCGAAUGCGCCAGAUCGAAUCUUUCCCAUCGCGACUUUUUAAGGAAAUUCGUCGAAAGCUUCUGCGAACAUUUUGAAACGGAAUACUUGCGUCGCACAGUCAGAUCACCAUCUUUGUAUGAUGCAAGACACACAACCAUCAAUGAUAGAGACGUUAAUGUUACAAAUCAGAACAAUAGCGCUACUAUUCAUGCUUCAUCUCAUGAAGAAUUCAGUGAUUAUUCUGAACACGAUGGAGAUGCAAUAUCGCCAAAACCUGUACAUAAACCCUUCUUUAGGCGCCUGUCGUUUAAAGGACUCAAAAAGGGAAAAAGUUUCUUUCAUAAACAACAAAGCGAUGAAGUGGAAUUAUCUCAUACCGAACAUCGUAGAGAUAAGCAUUCAAAAGCAAAACUUUCAAAGAUUGUAGUAGAAUGUAGGAAAGAAGGUAUCGUUAAUUCAUUGAUGGGUGAAAAUAUUGAUGGAACUCAAAAAUGGGAAAAGUCUAGACUAGCUUUGAUAAAAGCCAUCGGUGGCUACAUGCUGGAAUUUUAUUCUCCUCCAAAAGCGGUAAAACCACGAAGCGGUGUAUUUUGCUCGGCAAUAACGGAGGCUCGAGAAACAACUGCAUUGGAAAUGCCAGAUCAUGAAAAUACAUUUGUAUUGAAGACACAGAAUAUGGAAUUCGUUAUAGAAGCUCACAAUUCGAAUGACAUGAGGUCAUGGUUAGCUACUAUUAAAUAUUGUAUGCGCACAGUUCAACAAAAUUCCAUUAAUCCCAGUUCUGGUGCAGACGCUACCGCAGAAUCGUUGAUGCAUGGUUCAUUGAAUAUUAAUAACGAAAGCGAUAGAUUGAGAGCUAAUUCCGCUAGUAAAAGUUCUCGAACUACAGCUCAUGAUCAUGGAGACGAGGCAUCCAACAAUCCCCCAGAAGUACCUUUAAGACUUCGUAUAAGGAGUAACAGUAAUUUGGAAUUAUGCUCGUCGCAGCAAGACAUUGAACAAACUACAAACGAAGGUGAAACAGAUUUAUCGAGCAGUUUGAGGGAAUACCCGUGGUUUCAUGGUACUCUUUCUAGAUCAGACGCAGCACACCUUGUUUUGCACAGUGCUGCUAACGGUCACGGUGUAUUUCUUGUUCGACAAAGCGAAACUAGAAAAGGAGAGUUUGUAUUAACUUUCAAUUUUCAAGGCAGGGCAAAGCAUUUACGCAUGACGCUUAACGAUCAGGGUCAUUGUCGAGUUCAGCAUCUAUGCUUUCCUGCUAUAUACGAUAUGCUCGAACACUUCCGUCUAAAUGCCAUACCUCUUGAAUCUGGUGGAACUGCUGAUGUAACACUGACAGAAUUUGUGGUAGCAAAUCAUACCAACCGAUCAGGACAUCACAAUGUAUCUGGAUCGAAUCAACAACAAUUACAAGAAAGAAGACCCCCGGCAGCCCUGGAGCCCAGAGAAGUACGCACAUAUGGGGGUUCUAUAAGAACGCGCAUCGAGUCCCUAGAAAGACUGGAACAACAAAACAACGUCAUGGAACAUCAAAGUUCAUCAGUAUCUAGUGGUAGAGCCAUUCAGAACACUUACUGCUUUCUUUGACGGUGGAUACAUAAUUAUUCUGCCAUCAGGCUAUAACCCGAUUACUCCUCUGGAAUUUAAGUACUCUUCCUGUCAACCCAUCCUAGAAAGAAAACGCAGAGUUUUAAGCUGGACUUAUUAUCUUGAAGGACUAUUAAAAUAUGUAUUACUUCACUUACAUAAAUAAUAUAUUUUCUCAAAUCAA